UUCCAUUGAAUGUCUCCUCUUUCAACAGGACUGCUGCCAUGUAGCUCAGAAAGGACACGCCAUUGUUUUUGGCGAGCAGGAGUUUCAAGUUCAACAAAAUCCGGCUAACGAUGGAAACUUAAACGAGAGUCUCGUCCGAAAGAAGAAAACCGAAAGAAUGGACGAAGCGAAAAGUGUCCGAGGUCGCCAGGACCGAGACCGAGACCUUCCCUUAUAGGGCGGCUCCAUGUCCCCCUCCUGCCCGUGCCAGAUGCCUACGAAGACGGCCCCAGUGUCCCCAGCUCCCCCCGUACCGCCGAGGAGGCUCCGCGGUCGGGACGGAGGCUCGGGCAGGACGCGGCGGCCCGGGGCUGGAGGAGCGGAAAGGCGGGUGAAGUGUGUCCUUGUGGGGGACGGAGCUGUAGGCAAAACCAGCCUGGUGGUCAGCUACACUACCAACGGUUACCCCACGGAAUAUGUCCCCACUGCUUUUGACAACUUCUCGGCAGUGGUAUCAGUAGACGGGCAGCCAGUGAAACUUCAGCUCUGUGACACAGCUGGGCAGGAUGAGUUUGACAGGCUGCGUCCGCUCUGUUACACCAGCGCGGACGUCUUCCUGCUGUGCUUCAGCGUGGUCAGUCCCGUCUCCUUCCAGAACGUCCCCGAGAAGUGGGUUUCCGAGAUACGGAGGCACACCCCCUUCGCACCGCUCGUCCUUGUUGGGACUCAGUGCGAUCUCAGAGAAGAUGUCAAGAUUCUAAUAGACCUGGCUAAGUACAGAGAGAGGCCAGUGGACCCAGUGGAUGCCAGGGAGUGCGCGGCUGAGAUUGGUGCUGUGGCCUACGUGGAGUGCUCGUCCUUAACCCAGAAGAACCUGAAAGAAGUAUUCGACACGGCCAUAAUGGCCAGCCUGCAGAACCUCAGCUCGCAGAAGCACUUGAGAGGGAAACAGAAGCGUCGAGCAAAGCAAAGGCAGACGCCUGACAAGAUGAAGAGUUUAUCCAAGUCGUGGUGGAAAAGGUACUGCUGUGUGGUGUAAAGGGCCUGGAGUACGGAGUUUGGGUCAUCCUUAACUUUGACUGCAACCUGGACUGUCUGGUCUGGUUGCGCAGAACUUCUCCUGGAGUCUUGUUGAGAAACCAAAUAUAUAUUUGUCUUACCAUGGAAAACGUUUAUCAAUCAGAAGACUUUAGCAAACUUGUGUCCGAGAUUUAACCAGACUGAUCCGUGAUCAGACUGGAGAACUUUUGUUGGAAUUCACUGGUCGUGCUUGGACCAGAAGAAGAAUGGAUAAAAAGAACAGAAAGUGGAACAUUUGUAAUCUGUGUUAGAAGAGUGUGCGCUCAAUUUUCUUUGUCUGUUGCCUUACUUCAUGUCAGAUUUGGUCCAAAGCCACUUGGACAAGAACACCUCAUUUCAACCCAGCACUAUGAUUCAAUUUAGUUUGGUAUGGUACACCGUUUUUUUCCAUUUCCGUUGUAACCUGUCCCAAAAUGCCUUCCCGCUUUCAAAGGGGUACUGGUCGCAAUGGUACUGUACAGUGUUUUUGAUCAAAUUAUGUCCACUGAUUGAACAACAGACGAUAAUCGAAAGAAAACAAAAAGCUCCAUUUAAAAAAAGAGUAUAGAUCACGUUAGAAAGAGAAAAGCUGUUCGUCAGUACAUAGCACCGCAUCAUGUUUUACAAAGCGUUCAGCCAACGCAGUUAUCGCCAUUCCACUUACAUUAUCAAUUCUGUGGUGGAAACGGUACAACUUGGUGACGGCUCCACUUUUGGUUCACCAGCCCUCUUUUCACUCUUAGAUAAUAUUUAAUUGUUUGCACAGUCUGACUUAAAAAAAACACCAAAUCAAAUUUAAGAAGAAAAAAAAUUAUAUAUAUAUAUAUAUAUAUAUAUAUAU